UUAUUAUUUACUUAUUAAAGUGCAGGCUUUUUUCUCUAACGUUGCGUUAGGGACCCUGCUUCAUUUUCAGGAAUAUUGGAGCACCGCAAACAUUCGCCAUACUUUUUAUAUCUAUAUCAAGAAGGGUUCUAGUAAAGACCGAUAUCUGGAGAUUCUGUAUGGUGAUUUGUGAUCUAGAACAUCUCUUCUCAUUUUUUUUCUUCCGAUCACCUGGCUAAGCCUCUCGCAGUCAUGUCUGCUAAGCUUUUAGUGGCUUUUUCCUUAUUGUCGAUCUUUCAAGCUUGCUCCAAAAAGAUUGAUGAUGAUGAAUAUGAAGAUCUAACAAUUAACCAAAAAUGGGUUCUGGCUCCAAAAACACAAGAUACUGACGCUACACUAAUACUGAAUAAAUUACUGAAAGAGUAUGACAAGAAACUGAGACCGGACAUUGGAAUUAAACCAACAGUCAUUGAUGUGGACAUUUAUGUAAACAGCAUUGGGCCAGUGUCUUCAAUAAAUAUGGAAUACCAAAUAGACAUAUUUUUUGCUCAGACAUGGACCGACAGUCGCCUCAGGUUCAAUAGCACUAUGAAGAUUUUAACCCUUAACAGCAAUAUGGUUGGAUUGAUUUGGAUCCCUGACACCAUCUUCCGGAAUUCAAAGACAGCAGAAGCACAUUGGAUUACUACUCCCAAUCAACUUCUUCGAAUAUGGAACGAUGGAAAAAUUUUGUACACAUUAAGACUCACAAUCAAUGCAGAAUGCCAAUUACAACUUCACAACUUCCCCAUGGACGAACAUUCAUGUCCACUCAUAUUCUCCAGCUAUGGUUACCCACAGGAAGAAAUGGUAUACAGAUGGAGAAAAAACUCAGUGGAGGCUGCAAAUCAGAAAUCUUGGCGACUAUAUCAGUUUGACUUCAUGGGUCUGAGGAACACCACUGAAAUUGUGAAAACAUCAGCAGGUGAUUAUAUUGUCAUGACUGUGUACUUCGAUUUAAGCAGAAGAAUGGGAUACUUCACUAUUCAAACUUACAUCCCUUGCAUAUUAACAGUUGUGUUAUCCUGGGUCUCUUUUUGGAUAAAGAAAGAUGCUACACCAGCAAGAACAGCACUAGGAAUCACCACUGUAUUGACAAUGACAACACUAAGUACCAUAGCAAGGAAAUCUUUACCCCGAGUUUCAUAUGUCACAGCGAUGGAUCUGUUCGUGACGGUCUGUUUUCUAUUUGUGUUUGCGGCACUUAUGGAGUAUGCAGCACUGAAUUAUUAUUCAAGUUGCAAAAAGCCUAGGUGUACUAAGAAGAAAAAAUCGAAUUAUUUAGUCCUGGACAUGAGGCCUCCUCCCACCGUCAUAACCUUGAACAAUUCCAUGUACUGGCAGGAGUUUGAAGAGACAUGUGUCUAUGAGUGCCUGGAUGGUAAAGACUGUCAGAGUUUUUUUUGUUGUUAUGAUGAAUGUAAAUCUGGCUCAUGGAGGAAAGGUCGGGUUCAUAUAGACCUAUUAGAAUUGGACUCAUAUUCAAGAGUUUUUUUUCCAACAUCCUUCCUGUUAUUUAAUCUUGUCUACUGGGUUGGAUAUCUUUACCUUUAAAGACUUUCUGGUAAAGACUGAACUGUUUACAACUAGUAGAACCUGUGGAAAGAGGAUAUCAGCUCAAGAAGACCAGGAAACACUUUUGAAUAUUUUCACGAGAACUAUGGAAGAUGAAAAAAUAAAAAAUCUUGAAAGACUGUUUUUAAAGAGACUGUGAACCAUUAAUAAUGCCUAAAUAAUUUUUACUACAAAAUGUUGCUUAUAAAUUCUUAUAUUCUGAAAUCUAUAUUUGGCAUACAAAAUAACACAAUCACACAGUAAGGAAAGAAAACAA